UACAUACUGGUACUUUAAAACGAAAGGAAAGAAUGAAGUUGAAAGAGAUUGACAGAACGGCAAAUGUUGCGUGGUCGCCGGCCAGCCAGCACCCGAUCUACAUUGCCGCUGCUACUGCUGCCCAACAACUGGAUGCCACAUUCAAUACAUCUUCCCUGCUUGAGCUCUACCAGAUUGAUCUAGGAGAUCCGAGUUUUGAAAUGGAAGUUUCCGGAUCAAUUCCCACUGAAUCAAGAUUGCACAAGCUGGUGUGGUCUUCGGCUUAUACAUCCGAGAAUGGUGAUACUCCAGAUCUUCUCAUUGGCGGUGCUGAACAAGGAAAGAUGUACAUAUGGAAUCCAAGCAAGAUUCUUCGGAGAGAGGAGCCACUAACACAUCUCAUGGACUUACACACUGGGGCAGUGGCUGCACUUGAUGUCAACCCUUUCCAGCCGAAUCUGCUGGUUUCGGGAGCAGGAAGUUCUGAAAUAUACAUCUGGGAUCUCAACGAUCCUGAUAACCCAAUGACACCUGGUUCGAAAGCGCAGCCAUUGGUGGAUGUAACACAUGUAGGCUGGAAUAAACAAGUUCAGCAUAUCCUUGCCUCGUCUCAUUCAGGCAACUGUGUUGUUUGGGAUCUUCGAAAAAACGAGCCAAUCAUUAAGAUUCGAGACAGCAUGUCCAGAAUAAAGUGCAACACAGUAUGUUGGCACCCCGACGUGGCCACGCAACUCUGCAUCGCCUCCGAAGAUGACCACUCCCCCGUCAUACAGGUCUGGGAUCUCAGGUCUGCCUCCUCUCCAAUUAAAAUCCUCGAAAAUCAUACCAGGGGCAUACUUUCUAUGUCGUGGUGUGUCAAGGACGCUGAUUUGCUGCUAAGCUGUGCAAAGGAUAACAGGAUAUUGUGCUGGAAUCCCAACUCAGAGGCUCAACAUGGAGAUGUGGUUUACGAGCUGCCGAACAGCAAUCAGUGGUGUUUCGAUGUGCAGUGGUGUCCUCGCAACCCUAGCAUAAUAUCGGGCUGCUCGUUUGACGGGCACGUCAGCAUCUACUCAAUCAUGGGGGGCCAGCCCACAGAGCAGACGACACCUAAGGUUUGCUUUGUGGCAGAUGCGUUCCAAGUUGACCCAUUCAAUCAACCAACACCCCAUCAUGCAGUCCCUCCAGUUGUUGGGACCAUGCUUAAGAAGGCACCUAAGUGGCUUAAAAGACCCUGUGGGGCUAAUUUUGGGUUUGGAGGCAAACUAGUAUGCUUCAACAACACCAAAGUCCCGGGUUCGAAUCCACUGAAGUACGCGGCUGAGGUAACGAUCAGCCAGGUGGUCACGGAGUACGAGCUGGUCGUUAGGUCCCAGGAACUCGAGCGAGCCCUCACGACGAAUAUGCUGCUCGAGUUCUGUGAUAGGAAGAUCGAGAUGAUUGACAGAGGGGCUGCUGGGGACACGAUUGAAACCAGGGAACAACUUGAUAUCUGGAAGUUUCUCAAGGUUGGUUGUCUGGCUGGUUGCCAGCAGCUAUUUCUCAAUCUCCUCGGUCACGAUGGAUUGAAGAAAUAUCCAUUGAUGACGUCAUCAACCAGGACAACAGCGGGGAGAAAUGAAACUGAAGAAGAUUUAUUGAAAGUGCGUAUAUAUAUAUACAUAUAUAUAUAUAUAUGUGUGUGUGUGUGUGUGUGUGUUUCAUUUGAUUAUAUAGCUGAGAAUCAAGUCAGACAUGAACCUCUGAUCAUCAAUACGGAUGCUACUGACGGCACAGAGAGUCAGAUAACAGAAUGCCUACUGACUGGCAACUUCGAGGCUGCAGUGAGCGUGUGUCUGGAGGGCGACUAUCUUGUCGAGGCCAUGAUUUUGGCCGUCGCCGGUGGCAACGACCUCUUGAUUAGGACCCAAGCAAUGAUUCUUGAGAGGAAGAAGUCAUCCAAGUUACAUAGGCUGAUGGCGCUCAUAAUAAACAGAGACAUUGAGAGAAUAGUAGACGAGUGUGAUGUCGGCUACUGGAAGGAAGUACUCACCAUCAUAUUGACCUAUGCCCCGUGCGAUCAGUUCCAUAACCUCUGCGGUAAGUUAGCGAGGAAGCUAGAGGAUGCGGAUUCGAAUGCGUACCAGGUCAGCGCUCAACUCUGUUGCAUUGUUGCCGGUGAUGUUGAUCAGUUUGUUAACAACUGGAAGAAACAAAAUGGCAACAACACUGUGAAUCUUCAACUGCUACAGGUUUUUGUUUUUUUGUUUGUUUGUGCUGUUGUUCGUUGUAGCCUGUUUGGUAUCGUUUGGUUUGUUUAUUUGUUUGUUUGUGCCUUGUUGUUGCUUGAUUGUCUCUUGUUUGUUUGUUUAUUUUGCAAGCGCGUCUGUUAA